UUUUUUUUUCAUUUAACAAACAAUAAAUCAAGUUAUUCUAUACCUUUUAUUUUUUUUUCUUGUGAUUUACUUUGAGUUUUCUUCCUUUAAAGAGGAGAUAAUAUAUACAAAGUAUGGAUAGUAAAAUAGAACAAUCGUCUAUACAGGAUGCAGAAACAAUACCAUCCACUUCACAGACACAGUUUGAAGCGUAUGCCCCAGUGGAUCCUCCUAACUUGUGGAAACAAUUCAAGUCACAAGUAGCAACUAAAGAAGGAUGGUGGGGUGACUUUGAUUGGAAAUCAAUGUGUCUUCCAACUAUUCUCCAAAAACAAAAAACAAAGGCUCCAUUCUGGGGUUUGAAUAGUCGAUUACCUUUAGGCUUAGCCCUUAUUAUGGGCUUUCAGCAUUCACUUGCAAUGGUCAGUGGUGUUGUAACACCUAUUCUUAUUAUGACUGGUUCUGGAUCCACAUCAUUAAAUUUAGAAAUGGCUGAUCAACAAUAUCUUUUAUCUGCUGCUUUAAUUACUUCAGCUCUUUUAUCACUUAUUCAAAUUACUCGUUUUAAGAUUUGGAGGACAGGUUACUAUCUGGGUACUGGUCUACUCAGUGUAGUCGGUCCAAAUUUCGCUAGUAUUCCUGCUUCUGCUGCUGUUAUUAAAAAUAUGUAUUCAACCGGCUAUUGUCCAACCAAUGUAUUAUCGGAUGGCACUAUUCAAUAUUUACCUUGUCCUCGUGCUUGGGGUGCUAUUCUUGGAACAGCUAUGGUAUGCUCUUUCUUUGAAAUUGGUAUGAGUUUUUUGCCUCCUAAAACGAUUCGUCGACUUUUCCCACCUAUUGUUUCUGGUACAACCAUUUUAUUGAUUGGUUGUUCUGUUAUUAGUACUGCGCUUAAGGAUUGGGCUGGUGGAUCAGGUGGUUGUGUCUCUAGACCAGCUACUGGUUACUAUUCUAUGUGUCCUAAUAUUGAUGCACCUCAUCCUCUUCCCUGGGGGAGUCCACAAUUUUUAGGACUUGGUUUCCUUGUGUUUGUUACUAUUAUAUUGAUUGAAAAUUUCGGCUCAGCAUUCAUGAAAAGUUCACAGAUUGUCAUUGGUUUGAUAGUAGGCUUGAUUGUAGCAGCAGCUUGUGGAUAUGUUGAUCAUAGUACGAUUGCUUCAGCACCAGCUAUCACAUUUCUUUGGGUUAAAACUUUCCCUAUCACAGUGUAUGGACCAGCAGUGAUACCAUUCUUGAUUGUAUUUUUAGAUAAUAUGUUAGAGAGUAUUGGUGAUAUUACUGCAUCCUGUGAUGUCUCCGGUGUUGAAGUUGAGGGUGAACCAUUUCAACGUCGAAUUCAAGGUGGUUUACUCGCUGAUGGUGUUAAUUCAUUUUUGGCUGCCUGUAUGACGAUUUCACCUUUAGUUACCUUUGCUCAAAACAAUGGUGUUAUUGCCAUGACACGUUGUGCAAAUCGUAUUGCCGGUUAUUGCUGUUGCUUCUUUAUUUUAAUUUACGGCGUCUUUGGUAAGAUUUCUUCUGUCUUUUUGGCUAUCCCUUCGCCUGUUUUGGGUGGUAUGAAUGCCUUCCUUUUCGCAUCAGUCACUGUCUCUGGUAUUCGUAUUCUAGCGUAUCUUGAAUGGACAAGACGUGAACGUUUCAUCGUGACAUGUUCUUUAGCACUUGGCAUGGGUGUUACUUUGGUCCCCUCUUGGUUUACGCAUGUCUUUAGCUACUCUGGUGAUAAUGCAGCCCUAAAAGGCCUUUUAAGUGCCGUUGAAACCAUUGUAGAUACAGGUUAUUGUAUUGGUUCUCUUAUGGCUAUCUUUUUAAACUUAGUUAUUCCUGCUGAAUGGGGACCUGAGACUGUAAAGGAAUUGGAAGAAAAGAAAAAACGCGAGCGUGAGGCAAUCCGUGAUGGUUUUAUUAAUAACUCAAUUAAUGAAGAGCAUGAUCUUGAUGAAUUGAGUACUAGUAGAACUAUUAAUCCUUAACUCUUUGUAAUAUACUGAAGUGUUAAUUAUUAUUAUUACUAUUAUUAUUAU